AUGGCUUCGGGUGAACAAGACAAGCAAAUACAUCGCGAUGAAGUGGACUCCGAUGAUGAAAAUCAUAUUGGAAAUGGUUACAAAGCACCACAAAAGAUGGACAUUGGUUCAAUCGUAGCUAAAGAUGGGAAUGACGAAUCGUUAACACGUUACAAAAAACUUUUGUUGGGUGAUUCAAGCGAUGGUAAACAAAUUCACAGCCAGUUGGUCGACCCGAAUGAUCCGCGUACUGUUUUACCUAUUCGUAUAACAUUAAUCUUCGAUAAUCACAAACCCGACGUAGUUUUUGAAUUAAAAGGUUCUUUAGAGCAACUACGUGAUUUGCAUUCAAAACGUUCGGUGACGAUCAAAGAAGGUGAAUAUUAUCGUACCCAAUUAGAAUAUUAUGUUCAACGUGAUAUCGUUACUGGACUGAAAUUACAAAGUAAAGUGUUAAAAGCACGAACAAUUACAGUGGACAGAUCAAAAUAUAUGAUCGGUUCUCGAGCACCGAGUGCAGAAAUUCAAACUUACAUUAGUGAUGUGGAACAAGCACCAAGUGGCGUGCUCUCACGUGGUACAUUUCUAGUGAAAUCAAAAUUAACCGAUGAUGAUAAGCAUGUUUACGCUGAAUGGGAAUGGAAUCUUGUCAUUGGAAAAGAUUGGCAAUAG